AUCAUCAUCAUCAUCUCCUUCUAGCUAUAUAGUUCUGUAACAUGGGAAAGGAACUAGGGCAAUCCAUGUUGAGAGAGACCACCCAAAGUGCUCAAGUUAUGACCUUAAAAAAUACUAGAACUUUUACCGUUUUGGAAAACAACUCACCGUCGGUCACAACACUUAGCUGUGGUUCUUCAUCUUCUUUAAUAUCGUCAUCUAUUGAACAUCUUUGUGGUUCCUCGGAAUCCUUUAGAACUCUAAAUAAUGGUGGCACAAAGAGUAACUCCACUGAAAGAAGGCUGGCAUGGUUGCGCUCUCAAAUUGUUGGUGAUGAUGUAGAGUUUGAUUCUCCAUUUGGUAGAAGAAGACUCACCUAUGCCGAUCAUACUGCCUCCGGCCGAUCUCUUCGCUAUAUAGAGAAUUUCAUCAUCAAGAAUGUUCUUCCCUUUUACGGUAAUACGCACACUAGUGACAGUCAUGUGGGGCAUCGGACCACAAAAAUGUUGCAUGAAGCUGCUGAAUAUAUCAAGAAAUGCUUGGGUGGUCGACAAAAUGAUGCAAUCAUGUUUUGUGGCGCGGGCACAACCGCGGCUAUUAAAAGAUUACAAGAGGUAAUUGGGGUCGCCGUGCCAUCAACUUUGAGAGAGAGGCUGAUAAAAUGCCUGAGUAAUGAAGAGAGAUGGGUAGUUUUUGUCGGUCCUUAUGAGCACCACUCGAAUCUCCUCUCAUGGAGGCAAAGCUUAGCUGAAGUGAUAGAGAUAGGUUUAGAUGACAAUGGCUUGAUAGACAUUGAACAUCUAAGACGACGACUUGAAACGUAUAGACAUGCAAACAGGCCAAUUUUGGGCUCUUUUUCUGCAAGUAGUAACGUGACAGGGAUUUCCUCAGAUACUCGAGGAAUUUCUCAACUCCUUCAUCAAUAUGGUGGAUUUGCUUGUUUUGAUUUUGCUGCAAGCGGCCCAUAUGAGAAAAUUGACAUGAGAUCUGGAAAGUUUGAUGGUUAUGAUGCUAUUUUCCUUAGCCCACACAAAUUUCUCGGGGGGCCUGGAUCGCCAGGAAUACUUUUGAUGAGAAAAGCCCUUUAUCAAUUGCGGUCUUCUGCUCCCUCAACUUGUGGAGGUGGAACUGUUAACUACGUAAAUGGUUUCAGUGAAAAGGAUACACUGUACUUGAAUGAUAUAGAGGAGAGAGAGAGUGGAGGAACUCCUCAAAUAAUCCAAACCAUCAGAGCAUCGUUGGCUUUCUGGGUUAAAGAAUAUAUUAGCCACCAAGUAAUUAAAGAACAAGAGGAUGUUUACAUAGAAAAGGCACUAAACAGGCUCCUCCCAAAUAAAAAUAUAUGGGUUUUAGGUAACACGACUGCCAGGCGACAAGCUAUAGUGUCCUUUCUCAUAUACUCUACCUCGAACGCUUCCUCGACUGGCAUGAUACAUGAGUACUGUGAUGGAACUGAUAACAAAGACGUCAAUGACGAGGUUCUUUAUAUGUGGGGAGAGACAGGGAAGAGAAGAGGCAAACCUCUUCAUGGACCUUUUAUAGCAGCACUCCUUAACGAUGUAUUUGGUAUUCAAGCUCGAGGUGGCUGUGCUUGUGCUGGACCUUAUGGUCACAACCUGCUCCAUGUCAAUGAGCCUAGCACCCUAGCCAUCAGAUCUGCCAUAGAAAAGGGUUAUGCUGGAGUGAAGCCAGGAUGGACAAGACUUAGCUUCCCCUACUACAUGUUCAGCGAGGAAUUUGAGUUCAUUCUUACGGCAAUUGAGUUUUUAGCCAUUUACGGCCAUCGAUUUCUCCCAUUGUAUCACUUCGACUGGAAAACUGGUAGCUGGACUCUCAAAAAAAGGGAAUUUAAAGACCUAGUGGUUGAAGAACACAACGACAAUAUUAACAAGUUUGAAUCAUAUCUAAUAAGGGCUAAACAGAUUGCAAAUCUCCUUCCCAAAUUCCCUUCCCAGCGUAAGAUUCCACAGGACAUAAACCCCAACCUCUUGUUCUUCCAGGUCUAGUCUACCCUCUCUUGGUUGCUAAUCAUUCCUGUGUGCAGUCAUGGUGAUGAAAAACCACAUAACUAGUUUGUAUGCUAUGUAUAUUUAUUCAAUAAAGCUGAUGAACAGUA